AUGGGAUCCCCAAUCUCCGGCUACCUGGCUGAGGCGGUACUACAGGAACUCGAAACUCCUGUAUUUCGGUCCUAUAAGCCAAAAUUCUGGAUGCGCUAUGUGGACGAUACCUUUGUCGUCCUACACCGAGAAGCGAAGGAGACCUUUAGAGGAGAAUUAAACUCCAUCUUCCCACAAAUCCAAUUCACAAUGGAGGAAGAGAAGGACGGAACGCUCCCUUUCCUCGACGUGCGGGUAACGAGGCAGGAAGAUGGAACCCUCCAGACCGGUGUUUUUCGAAAAGCCACAAACACAGAGAAAAUACUCCACUACAACAGCAACCAUCCCCUGUCGCAUAAACGCAGUUGCGUCCGGACACUUUUCCGCCGCACCAACACGCACUGCAGCACAGAGGCCGAGAAGCUACAAGAGCGUGCGUUCCUGUGGCACCUAUUCCUUGUCAAUGAAUACCCACGUAGCUUCGUAAACAAAUGUUUGUUCCAAAGACACACAAAGACUGAGGAUGAGGAGAACCAAAAACCUGAGGUACUCUGUGCCUUUCCCUACAUGAGGAACGUCUCUGAGGCCACUGAGCGUAUGCUAAGACCACUUAACGUGGGCGUUGGCACCGACCGGAAGCCACCAUUCGCUGAUUAG